GUAUACUGGAAGCCGUUGGUAGAAGGUAAUACUCGUAGCGAACUGUGUUCAUCUGUCAGUAACAGAUCAUUAGCAAAAGUUUAAGUUCAAGGAUUAGCAAGUCUAUUUACGUUCACGUGAGGACGCCAUACCCGCGGGACCGCGUGGGCGGGCGCCGGCUGCUUCAGUCAGAGACAGGCCACCAAGCCGCUCGCACGAACCCACGCCGCACAAGCGCUGAACGAACGACGACAAGAUGGCCACCGGCCCUAAGAUAGUGCACAAGCAGUUCAACUCGCCCAUAGGGCUAUACUCCCAACAGAACAUCCAGGAGACCCUCAGCAAGCACAUGCAGAAUCUCGACAACGGCACCGUCGGAAUUGACUUUAACCAGCCAGGAACCGACAAACCAGCAAACCUCGCCAAUUCCGCAGUUCUACGAAUGCUGGAGGAAGAAGAACGCAAUCGCAGGGGCUACCCCAAGUUAGACCCCACCCAAGUGCAGGCGAUUAUGGACACCUUGGUUCACGCUAACCACCGGUUUGACAGCUACUGGCCACCAGACGGGGCAGGGAUGCGGUCCGCUAGGAGCUGGGAUGGCCAGCUCAACGCCACAGGCAAUAUUUACUCAGACUUUAUGAAAGCCACUAAAGGCCAGAAGAAGGUGGUGUGGCCACCAGUGCCCGAAACGAACGGCUAUCACCAGCCGCAACAGCAGAAUCCUGCGUACCACAACAACGCGCAGCACUCCCCCUCCGCGCAACCUCCGCCGCAAUACCACCACCAGAACCAGCAACAGUAUCAAAACCAACCUCAGUACCAAUCCCAAUACUCUCCUCAGCCCAAUCAGUAUCAAAACCAACCCCAGUAUCAAGCCCACCCACAAGCUCAGUAUCAACAGCCGCAGCACUGCGAAGGAAAGCGUCAGGAGGCUACAGGGCUGAGCAAAUUGAUUCCCUUUGGUCCGGGAGCCUCGGCUUCCCCAGUUUCUCCUCCCUACCGCCAGGGUCCGCCGUCGCCGGGAGUGGCGCAACCCUACCGUCAGCCAAACAGCCGCUGGGCACCUGUUCCAGCCCCCCUUUCUCCUCAGACCCAAGGAUCGCAGCCGAGCUAUCCCCAACAACAGUACUCGCAACCGCAAUACUCGCCUCAACCACAGUACUCGCCCAACCAGUACUCGGAGCCGGCGUACUCGCCCCCACAGAGACAGUUCGAGCCUCCCCCGUCCACUAUCACCCUCCGCCCGCAGCCCCCGAUACACCAGCAACCGCCCCCAGUGUUCGCUAGUCAACCAGCUGCAGCGUCUUUCAAAGGAGGAGUCAAUAUGCGUGGGGAUCAGAAGUGGCCGCCACAGUCGGUGAAGGAGGCGGUGGCUGCUGAGAACGAAGCGAGGGUGCAGCUCGCCAGGGGGCCAGCCUGCAGGCCGCGCAAGGUGAAGAAGGACUACUCUUCAUUUUUCGCGCAACACGCCCUCAAUCACAACUACCCCGGCUACCGCGCCCCGCCCGGCACGCAGCACUACGAAGAUAACUCGGGACGAUCUUCUUACUAGAUUAUAUUUAGGCUAACUAACCUCAUCUAGACUAUAUAUCAUGUUCAUCUCACCAAAAUUAAUUUAAUCAAGCAUUGCUUUUGAAUUUUUUUAUUAAAGUUACUAAUGGAUAAAAGUGUCUUAAAUGAUAAUUGGGGGCAAAACUGUAAGUUACUUUAAUAAAAAAAUAUUUUAUAUUUCUUCAUACAAAACCAUGUCUCAUGAAUCAUUUCGCUAAGAAGUCUCAGAGUAGUGACUUUCGAAGGAAGUACUUGUAUAGACUUUAGGUAUUAAAGUCUUGGGGCAUGUACAACAUUGGUUUGUAAACCGUUAUUUUAUGUAGUUUUAAUUUAUUCUUAACCAUCAAUUAGUUUUAAGUAUCAACAAUAAAAAUAAUAAUAAAAAAAUAAAAAAAAUCGUCAUUGCCAAUUUCGUUUCAUGAUCUGUUUAUCUACUUUAUUUCUUUUAUAUUUUACUUAAUAUUAUCAUAUUACCAAUGUAAUGACGUGCGGCUUUAUACAUUGCGAACGUAAUGCGAAAUAUUAUAACUGCUUUUUAAUUCAUUGUAAAUAAUGCUAUAUUCCAAAUUAUAUCCCUUGUAAAGUAAUAAGAAAUCGUGAAAAUUAAUGCAACAUAUCAUAACAAAAUCGGCUAAGCUUGCUAGUCAGAUGAGAUUUAAUAUUAUUAUUUUGUAAAUAAACUGUUGAUCAGCUUUUUCGUUUUGGUAUUAUGUAAUUAUAUUUCAAUGAAAUAAAUUGUAUACAAAACCAAUGCGUGUUUUUUAUUAGGUACUCAACAUUACAAUAUAAAGUUUGACGCAAUUUCUUGUAACUAAGACAGCGUUAACUCAACAAUGAGGGUGCAUAUUUAUAUGUUUAAACGAAGAAGGACGUAAUAAAAUACAUUUUUACAUAUGAAAAUACUAUAUUAUCAUACAAUACAUACAGUACGUGCAAUCCGCGCCAGCUGGUCAGUGCACAAUGGUUGGAACAAUAACAGCGAACUAGCCAAGCUAAUGUAUAUUUACAAAAUCUACGCAAUGGGAUAUUUUGCGUAUAUAAAUUAUUAUCAAAAUACAAUAUCAAUUUAGCCUAUACUGUGUAGUAUUUUCUAUGCCUGUUUUUUUCAUAUAUUUAUACAUAAAUUACCGUCUUGAUUUUUCCCUGUCUAACUUCACCUUCACUUUGAUAGAUUUUAUUUAUUUGCAAAACAAGUCAUAUUUCAGAUAACACAAUUAUUUAUAUAGAUAGUUAGCAUGAGAUGGUUUAACGAAUAAUGAGAAUUUUUAUUGUAAUUAGCUUUCAUUCUAUGAAAUAAAAUAACGUGUAUCCCACUGCGCGACUAUAACAAACCAACAUCAACUAUAAAAAGCCUAUUGUCACUCAUGAGUCGCUGACGUAUUCUUAAUAUCACAGAAGUAACCAUUAUAUAUACAGCAUAUAGGCUAGGACACUGUCCAAACAAAUUAAAUUCGCAAACUUUAAGAGUGCAU